AUUCGUUCGCUCGUUCGCUCAGUCGUGAGUUUCCACUAGGAUCGAACGCGUCGGUGUUCCUCGCUCGGUGCUCUUUUCCCGCGUCGUGUGUUCGCGUGUGUGUGUUUGUGCGUAUACAUGAAAAGUUGAUCCUGAGCUGUGCUGUGCUGUGCUAAGAUUUGGUCCCCUUUUCCCAUUCAGCUUUUCGGUGUGACAUUGCGGACACAAUGGGGCGGUGUGAGUGAGCAGGCAUUGUUACGGUUCGUGGUCGGGUCAUAUCCGUUGUUGGGUGGCGUCGAGUCUUUCUGCUGGUGGCUAGCCUAACCUGUCUCCCCCUCAUAACCACCGCGCACACAGUGUUCCUUUUUCGUGAGUUUUGCGAUUUUGUUUUUGCGGAGAAAAGGUGAUUAAAGUUGGGAGAAAUUGAUUCCCCGAAAUUGGACGGGAUUAACGAGUGAAAACACAUCACAUCGACAGAGUGACAAGUGCUGCGAGACAAUGUGUAGUGAUGGUUGCGGAAAAAUCUUUUAGCGGAAAACACAACUUCCAGUGGGAGUGAAAUAUCAAUGAAUCAAGCAAUGGUGUGAGUUCCAACGCCACCCACCCCCACAUUCUCUGUACCUCUCUCUCAUCUGUGUUGUGUAUUGUGGUCCCGUCAGUGUGUGUAUACCGAUUUUUUCUCGUGCAGUAUUCUCUCGGUCCGUCCGUUUCCUUCCGUGACCUAGUUUCGUUGUUUUUUGCCCACACCGGAAAGGAAGCGCCUCUUAGAGUAUACGACAGCGAAAAAUCAAAGCCGAAAUAGGCUGUGCCGGGCCAGCAGGCAGGUAGCGGCGCGGGGUGUGAUUUAUCUGCAAUGCGUGAUUUUUAGUCUUCUUCACCCCCUACCCCUUCGAGUGCUUUCCAGUUGUUGCCACCCACAACGCCGAAAAAUGUGCAGUGCAAUAGUGUGAUAGCGAUCUUGAGGCGGUAGGCUUGCAAAUUAGCGUGUACCAAUCACGCCAGCCAAUUCCAAUCGGGAUGUAUAUCAAUCAGUGCCGAUUCAAGGGUCCAACAGUAGACGACCCAUCGCUGGCAGCGGCACCGGAAAAGCGCUAGGAAACAACACUACCGUCGUUUUACCUUCGUCGGCUCGGAAAAAGGUUGCGCUGAGCAACCAGGUGCCUCCAUCGGAGCGUGUGCUUGCUAAACAACGUGUGCGUUUGGGUUUGGGUUUGUUUUCGGCUUCUACCCCCCCCCCACCGAAGGACUUCCACACAUCCGUUGAGAUAAGCUUUGCGGUGAGGAAAGGUCAGCGGAGAGCGAACCAUCGAAGAUGCCCGGCAUUGUGGUAUUCCGUCGGCGCUGGUCCGUCGGUUCCGACGAUCUCGUCGUACCAGGACUGUUCCUCUUCAUCAUCCACCUGAUAUGGCUGACAGUUCUCGCGGUGGUAACGGGUGUGUUCCAGUACGACCGCUCUGUACGAUGCAUAGAGCUGUUGUGGUAUUUUCAAAUCGGUUACCUCACAAUACUAAGUUUGUGCGUCCUACUUGAACUUGCCAUCUGCGUAGUCUCCAUGCGAGGUAGCAUAUUGGACACCGGACCCCGCGCAUCGAUGCCCUAUCUGCUGUACGGUCGGGUCCUGGUGAUGCUGGUCGAUCUAACCUGGCUGAUCUUGGGUGUGGUCUGGAUGCGGGAUCACUACUUCGAGUGUCCGAUCCAGGAACCCAAGGAAACCAUGCUGGCCGUGAUCGUGUGCAAUCUGCUGGUGAUCUUCAGCAUGAUCACCACCAUCUGGUGCACGUUCGAUCCGGCCGGCCGGUCUUGGGUCAAGAUGAAGAAGUACCAGCGAUCGAUGCGGGAAUCGGAGUCACGGUUCAACUACAAACGCAGCGGCAGCCGGAGUCGGAACUGGCGCCAGCGAAAGGUUAUACGGGCGUACCAGGAUAGCUGGGACCAUCGGUGUCGGUUGCUGUUUUGCUGUAUGGGCAACAGUGACCGAAGCAGGAACUCGUUCACCGAUAUCGCUCGGUUGCUGAGUGAUUUUUUCCGCGAUCUGGACGUGGUGCCGUCGGAUGUGGUGGCGGGAUUGGUGCUGUUGAGAAAGUUCCAGAAGCUGGAACGGGAUGCGAUUGUGAGUCAGCGAAAAAAUGGUACCUAUGAGUUUUUAUCCGGGGUACCGGUUACUGCCAAUACUCAGUUCCUGGCGUUGAACGAUUCCAAGGAUUACGACCAUUUUCAAGCCGUCAUCCGCUACAUGUACUUUGCGCAGGGUGCCUACGGUUGGCCCAUAUUUCUGGUGACACACUCACUAACCGGGACGUGUCAGCUCGGCUCCGAGCUGACAUGUUGUCUGUCCUGUUGCCGGCGAAAGACCGGUGUCGAUGUGGUGGAAGACAAUUGUUGCUUUUGCAACUAUGCUGCCCUCAAGAAGAUGCUCCAAGUGGGAGAGGUGGAGGUUGUGUACGCAACGUAUCACGUAGAUAUCGGCGAGACGCCGUUCUUCGUCGCUGUGGACUACAACUACAGUAAGGUCGUCGUCAGUAUACGGGGGACGCUCAGCAUGAAGGAUGUGCUGACAGAUCUGAACGCGGAAGGUGAGUGCCUUCCGUUGAAUCCUCCCCGAGAGGAUUGGCUUGGGCACAAGGGAAUGGUCCAGGCGGCGAUCUACAUCAAGAAAAAACUCGAAGAAGAGAAUCUCAUUCAGAGGGCACUCGCUCACAACCCAGCUCGAGGGACGCAGGACUUCGGACUGGUGCUGGUUGGACACUCGCUAGGCGCCGGAACGGCCGCAAUCUUAGCGAUUCUGAUGAAGCAAGAGUACGAAGAUUUGCACUGCUACAGCUACUCGCCACCAGGGGGAUUGUUAAGCAUGCCCGCGGUGGAAUACAGCAAGUCGUUCAUAACGUCCGUAGUAGUCGGCAAAGACGUGGUUCCCCGGAUUGGUCUGCACCAGAUGGAGGCACUGCGAGCGGAUCUCAUCAAUGCAAUCCAGCGGAGCAUAGAUCCCAAGUGGAAGACGAUCGCCUGUUCGGUCAUUUGCUGUUGCUGUGGGCCCGAGCCCACCUCUGUGACGAUGAUGUCCACUAAAAUGGAAAACGUCCAACGGUACGAACAGGAUCGUAAUAGUGCCCGCCAAAGUACCGUUCAUCCGACAGACAACUCAAUCGCCCUCACACUGCACCACCCACUCUACCCACCCGGACGGAUAAUUCACAUCGUGCGACACCAUCCCAGCCAGGAGGAACACAAGUACGAGAGGGGUUGGAGCAGACAGAUGCUGAAGAAGCACGAACCCGUCUACCAGGCAAUUUGGGCGAACAACACCGACUUCGACGAGGUGCUCAUCUCCCCCGUGAUGGUCCAGGACCACAUGCCGGACAAAGUGCUGGCUGCGCUCAACAAGGUUAUAACCACCAUCGGCCCCCGUAAACCCCAGCGCCAGUCAUCGAACGCCAACUCAUCGAUCGCCUCGGAUGUCAUCGAAGAAAUGUUCCCCGAUGGACAGCAGCAGCACCAGCAGCUUAUCUGUCAGGAACCCAUCGAAGCACCACUCCUCGCUCCACUUCAGAGUCCUGCAUCACCUUCUGUACCGCACAAAAUUUGUCUGGAGACGUCCUUUACCAAUCUUCAAACGCCCGGCCAGGAGCAAACCCACCCACCUAGCAAAGCAUCCUCAGUAGCGGGGGGCAGCACAUUUGGCGCUCGCAGUCAAAUGUCGAGCAUCAUGGAUGACAGCGGUGUUCCGAAAAGUCUCUCCGGACCAAGUGAGGCUACGACCGUGAUCCUGAACGAACACCUCGGCCAGCAGAAGCACCCACACCACCAUUGGGCGCCAAGUUCCGCCAGCAAUGCUACGACUGCCAAGAUGGUGAACUUUGACGCUUCGCCGAACGUGACCCGGGCGGAGACAACUCAACGAAAGCCAAUAAGUUUGUCCUGGAACGGCACCCGACAGAACUCGUGUGAUCUUGGGAAGAUCGAUCUCAUCCACGACGAUUGGUUCGGACUCGCACCGUUGGCAAGUCCCGAGAGUUUGUCGGAGCUUUCCAGCAUUAGUUCGCGAGCUAGCGUUGGGGUGAACUUGGCUUCCAGCAUCGAUCGGUAUUUGGAGAAGAUAAGCGAGAACAAAGAGUCGAGAGGCGAUGGGACGGAUCCCUUGCUCGAGUCGCAGCUGCACACUCCCAAGGUGAUGCGACGGACGCCGAAGGUAAGUGGGAAUCUGUCGCUGUGUGCCGAAGACAUGCGGACGAUCAACAGCUACAAGCGGAUGGGGAAGAUCUUCGUGCUGAACCGGGUGCCUUCGGAUAGUGACUCAACGGUGGAUAGUUACGAGUCGGCACAUAAUGUGAUCGUCCUCAAAGGUAACGGAAUAAUCGGUGCCGAUGAACUGACCACGGCGGGUACUUCGCCGAUCAAAGAGAACUCCAAGUCGGCAGAUAACCUCGACGAAAUUAACGCCGCACGUCAAGCGACUGUGGAUCACCGCGGUACCUCGAGUUCGGGUGGUGCUGGAACCAAGAAAACCUCAUUUACAGUAAGCGAUAGUGCGAUACAGAAGGAGUGCACCUCAAACUGUCCGUCGUGUCCCUGUCGAAGAUCCCAGGGAGAACCGUGCUGCCAGAAAUUCAACCAUCGUGAAUGCUACAAUUACAAAUACACCUCGUUCAACAUAUUCAAGUUCAACAACAGCAGGGAUAGUGGGGGUACGCAUGACACCAGCAAGACGGCCAGCUCCAGUGACACCUAUCAUAGCGCUCUGUCUUCGUUGACCGGCGAUCUUGACCACAGCGGUUCCAGUACAAAUAACUUUAUCUCCAGCAGUAGCAGUAGCAGUAGCAGUAGGACUCUUCAGAACACAAGUCUCAAACCGGGCGUUUUGGAGUCACAUUUUCCCGUCCAUCAGGAGGUACCCUCCGAUGAGCAUCUCUCGCUUCUCUCGAACCCCGUCGGAGGCAGUCCGAUUCGAUUGUCCACCGUUGCAGCGAUCAACAGCCAACGGCUGAAUCUGAAGAAUCAACUAGCUGGCUCGUCCGCCAGCAAGCGCUUCCACAACGAGGACGACAUCGGUGCGUUCUCCCGUAACGAGUCCCUCCCGCUGCUGGCGAAUCUCGUGGAAAAAUCAUCCCCAACCAAUUUCGUCCGCAAGAAGAAUUCCGUCUAUCCCAGCACCGCUGGUCAUCCCAUCGCCACGGCAGGUUUCAGCGCUGGGAGCAACAGCAAUGGCGGCGGGAGCAUCGCAACCAUCCAUUCGUCCUCGUCGUACUCAUCGGUGAAUUCAUCGCCCGGUCGGCAUCCGAAGGGCGAGAGCAAUGUGUGAGGGGCUCACCACGGCUCGGAAAUCUUAGUUUAGUGCAACUAUACUCAACCAGCGGCUCAGAAAUCAUUAGCAUUGUUUUUUGACGUAGGACUACGUCCCUCAGUAACGUUUUGAUAAAAUAGAAAUAGCAAAUGCAGCUUUCGUUCUACGGACAAUGUGGAUAGAGAAAACAUUGCAAUUUGAGUUUCGCCCGUUUUCAUUUAUUAUUUAUUUAUUUAUUCAGAAGAAUAUUCUUGUAACGUAAGACAAUAAUGUUUUUGAUGUAACAAUGUGGAUGAAAUAUGGGGUUACUUAUUCAGUUUUGCUACUACUUAUAGCUCUUUUUUUUCUACUCGUUAAGUGUGAGCUUCACUGGAGCCUCCUCUUGAAAAUUACACCAGAAUUGAAUCGAUUUAAUCGCAGUUGGUAGACUAUUCCAACUGCUGUUGCUGUCACGAAGAUUUACUCUGAAAUGAAAAUAUGAGUCAAGGCAUGCGUCCAAAAAUGAACAUGUUUGUUGUCACAUCCUGUGCUGGAAAAUUUUCUGAGUUAGGAGAGAAAAUUGUUCGUUUGAACAAAUCACUCAUCUUCAAAGUUUCAAAGCAAUUCAUGCAUUAUCAUAGCAUCAGGAGAAUCUCUGCGCCAAAAAUAAAGGAUUCGAGAAUGCUGUUUUAAUCGUUAAUCAACUUUGACACGAGUUCGUGAAUCAUCGUGAGUUCUAAGCUUUGCUUGAAGCACAGUAUAGCGAAAUUCCAUAUUUUACAGAGGUACGAUGGUUUGAUAGAGGAAAAAAUAGUGCAAUGAGCUUUUAACUUUCGUAAAGAAAUUGCAGAAUUCAUGUAAAGUAAGGGAAAAUCGGCUGAGAAUUAUAAAACGCGGAAUGGAUGACAGAUUUAGCUUUCCUGGCAGAUAUCACAAGCCAAAUUCAAAGCACAUGAAAAAAAUCUUCAUUCAUUUUCUACCCAAUUCAAAUUCAAUGAUGGACAUGCCACUGAAAACAUGCAGAUAGAACUCUUUGAAACACAGUGUGAUCUAGACCUGCGGGACAACAUUGAAAACCACGAUCUUUUGGAUUUCUACUCUUGAUUUGUUUUCUACUUCCACAAGCGCGAACUAGGAACUAAUAAAACAUGCUCAUUUAUUGCUUAUUUGUUCGAAUGUUUGUACUGAAGAGUUUCAUUCUUGCAUUUUUAUAUUUUUUAUAUUCGAGUUUUCGCCGAUUAUGAUUUCGUAGUCCUACGUCAACAAUGUGGUCGUGUCUUACGAACAACCCUUCUUCAUUUGUUUUUUUUUUGCGGCCCGCGAUACCAUUUCUGAAUCGUGUUUGUGGCCCAUCUCAAUAAAAAGGUUGAGUAUCGCUGGUUUAGUGUAUCAACUUCCUCUCCGAAGUCCAUUCUCUCGUUCUCAAGCACACUCAAUCCGUGUUCCUUUAGGGGUAGGCUAGCCUUAACAGUGAAUCUCAUCAUACCAAAAAUUACAAAUAACUUCUCUAGUCAGACAAUGUGCGUGUGUACGUGUGGGUGUGGAAGCGAGAAACGCCCCCUUCUUGUAGCGAACGAAUGUGCCAAAAACAAUUGAAGAUGAAACGAGACGAGGUAAAGUUAGCUCUAAGUUAGACGGUAGGAGGAUCAAGAAAAGUCAAUUCAACUAUUAUAAGCUUGUGACCAAAAUGCAGCAACUUGCCGGGCGAAUGGGUACCCGAUCGAAGGAGUGAAACUCGGGAAAACGCAGAGAGAAGACCACACUAGCUAAUAUACAGAAGAAGUUUCAAAUUUCAGGACUACUAUUAGUGGGCAGACAAACCAUAAUGACUUAUAGCGGUUAGAUGAUGGAACUAAGGAAUGCGUAGAUUUUGUAUUCAGUCAGUAUCCACUAUAAAACACUUGUUAGAGAGCAACAUAAUAAACCAAUUCAUAGAAGAAGAAGAGGGAAGAUGGACACAAAGCGAAAGAGGGUCUAAAUAUUCUAAAUUUUGUACAUACAAUCAUUCCCGCUCCGCCGGAGGACACCGCGGGAAUGUUAUUCACGAGACAAGAAAACAAUAACGUGAGCAGAAAACACUCUGAAAAUGAAAGCGGAAGCGGAAAAAUAAUCGUGAAGGACAAAUUUAGUGAAAGACAGCAUAAAACCAAUGGGAAAAUUCUCAAUACACAAACAAAAAAUCAGCAUUAAAUCCAAUUGUAUAAUCAAAAAAGUCAUAAAUUAGUGUAACUAAACUUCUCUCGGAUACAUUGAAGAGCAAAAACAAAACGGAAUUAAAUAAACCAAACAAGCUAAAUUAAUAAAUGAGAACUAAAUUAGCGGUGAAUUGCAAGAAAACAAAAAAGCAAAUGAAAACUAUGAAAUAUUAUUACUAUUUAGAGAAUAUAUUUGUUAGUUGAUCGAAGUAGCGCAUGAAAAAAAUGAAAU